AUGGCUUUCUCUCAUCAUAAAAGGAGUUUAUUUUCUACGAUUGAGUUUAUUGAAUUUCAAGAAGAUGAAAUUACAAACUUUCGUAGAAUUCAUCCUAGAUAUCAGUUAAAUUGUUUAGGUGAAUCUUGUGAUGAAUAUGGAUUUGAAAGGGUUGAAUGUACAAGAAAGAAAGAGAUUCAUUUACAAGAUCAUCAAGGAAAUCCAAACCAGACAGAAUUUAAUCAAAACUCUCAUUGGAAUUGUUUUGCUUUUUAUACAAAUUUGAAUGAUUCAGAAGAAAAGGUUUUACUUCAGGAUGAUCAGGUUCAGUUUGAUUGUGAAGGUUGGAGACAUGAUGAUGAUCCUUACAUACUUCAAGGAUCCUGUUCUUUGAAUUAUACUUUUGCUUCUGAUAAAGCUAUACAAAAACAAACUUUACAAAACCAAACAACAAUUCUAACAACUCAAGAUUUAACAAAUGAUUUUGUGUUGUAUGAUGAUCAAUCAAAACCAAGCGCUUGUUGUACGUAA